AUACAUAUUAUGAGGAUGCCACGUUUUAUAAUCCUGGACUGGGAGCCUAUGGUGAUGAAAACUCGGACAGUGAUUUUAUUGCUGCACUUGCUGGCCAAGACUUUGAUCCAUUUACACCGAAUCAAAAUCCAAACAAAACCGACUGUGUGGAAGCCAAGUUGAAGUCAAAUUUAACGAAAAAUCUCGUCCUGAACAAGGAGAAUUUCCUUCCCUCGCCCUCGACGACAUUCUCCAACGCCCCGUUCACGAUCCAGACGCUCAUUGAUGCACUACAGGUUCAAUACAACGAGUACAGUAUCGCCGUAACUAACAUUCAAAAGAACAAAGCACUAUAUUUAGCCGGAGAGAUCCUGUUAAAGCUUAAGAUAGAUCACAAAAGACACAGAAACUUCCGAAUUUCUAAUGAUUUCCCGCGGAAGGCAAGGGCGUUUUAUAGACUUGCUCAGCUGAAGAUGAGCUUUGGCUUUGGUUCUGUGGACUACACGGUCGUGUUAGAUGACAUCAUAAUAUGCGUAACAGAGGCGAAGAAAAUGGAUUUCGACAAAGGAGCAGCUCAAAACAUAGUACAAAUGCACAGUGCUGUAGAGAACCUAAGGAAGCGCAAGCUAGAAGACGUGGAUUUGGAAGAUUCUGAGGAAAGUUCCAGUUAUGGUGUAUGGAAUCGUGUCAAAUGCUCGAAACUGGCUAUUUUUGCAAUGGGCAGGCACGGAAAACGAUCCAGUCCUAUACAUAUCUAA